AUGUUGCUCCUUCAAUUUGUCUUGCUAUUGUCCUUUCUGGCUACGCACUGUUCGGCUGGUCCGAUCGCUCGCCUUUUAUCUCCUGCCCAGGACUCUGCGGCUUCUGCCUCGCAGCUCUCGGAGCGGGAUGCUGCUCAAGACGACCAGGAUAUUGGGAUCGUUGUCACCCCAGUUACUCCCACUUGGCUAGAGUCGAGCACGACUUCUACUACCACAGUUUCCAAGGUUACGCCAACCAAGCCGGGAUACGCGGUCUACUUGACCUAUCCCUGGGACAUCCACUCAUACCCGGAUGCCACUACCACUACCACUACCAUUACCACUACCGAAACGAAGAAGGAACCAACACACACUACGUCCACGUCUUCUUCUCAUUCAACUUCCAAGUCCACUACUACAAGCUUGACUUCAACCAGUACGGUUUCUAAGGUCACGCCUACCAAGCCGGGGGACCUCCACUCGUACAAGGAAACCGAUCCUACGACCACUACAACGAGCUCAAAAUCAACUUCUUCCAAGACUACAGCAACCAGCCACGUGCAUGCCAUCACCAGCCCCGUCAUCGUCUGGGUCACAGCCAAUUCCUCAGACGCGAGUAUGUAUUUUUGGGAUACAAAGCCCAGCACGGUGCCGGACGUGAAUAAUAGCCCUCUUACUGAUUCUCGGAGCACUACCACCAAAACUACCCCCAAAGCUACCACCAAGUCUACCACCUCCACCUCCAACACUAAAUCUCACGAUGCGGACAAUGGAGAUGUAGUGACUCUCACUUCUACAUCCACCGUUGUGGUUUAUGAGUCUCCAACCUCGACGCACACGGUGUAUGAAUCUGUUUCUACGAAGGCGCAUAUCUAUGCUGAAAACUUGGGUUCUGGAUCUGGAUCUAAGGCUGCCUCUGGAACUCCCUCGGAUUCCACGUCGAACUCUGGGAGCUCUGAUCCUGGUUUAAAGAAUGAUACAACUUCCAACUUCAACUCCGAUUCCACCUCCGCGUCCGCAGCUACUGAUACCCAUUCCGACUCCGGCUCCGGCUCCAAGGGAAACGACUCGGGCAUCCUGUCCGUUGUCCCUAUCACACCGUCGGACGACGGCAUGGCCGGUACGGUGACUAGUACUAAGACUGUCGUGAUAUCUUAUCCAAUCGAAACCACGGUGGUCCAUACAGUGAUCUCCCGGUUUCCUUAUAUUACGACCAAGACGGAAUCGAUCACGGUAACUCAUACCGAAACGGCCACGGUCACACACACCCGCGAAUGGGUACUGCAUGAGCCGGGCACUUGCUCAGAUAUCAAGUAG